ACACCCCAGUUCAACUUUCAUUUUGAGAGGCUGCCAAGAAGUGUUCAAGUCGCAUUAGAGGCACCUCAGGCACUUCCUCCCGGAGAAAGGAGAGAUCUUGUAAGGUGCAUUGCGCAUGACAUGAUGCAGGUGUCACCACGGCCUAGGAGAGAGUUCAUCCGCAGUGUUGCUGAGGCCGUGGUAAAGCGUUUUCCUGCUUGCCUUCAGGACCGCACAGUCAGUGGCAAGGUGUUUGGUCGAGGAUAUGAUUCCCUGUUCCAGCAACUUGAGAACAGAGUAGAGAAUUUGGGCCGUGUGAAACAGCAGGGAUUGCCAUCAUGCGUGAAGACCAAGAAAUGCUCAUAUGGCUGUGCCAAUUGGCAGCCAGUGUGCUUGCAACCAGUCGAUACCGUAGCUGAAAAAAUCCAGUUUCUUAAAGGGGAGGCCCAGAAGACACUGCGAGACAUAGAUGUACCCUUGGCACAGACCUGUAUGGAUGCAACCUACAGUGAACAACGAAGGUUCAUAAAUUCUGAUGCACCAGUCCAUAGCACGGCAGAAGUCAGAGAGGAGUGGCCAUUGCUCUUCCACAAGUCCUUUUUUUACAAGCAUGCCUGUCAGCUCCUUGGCAAAAAUAUGAGGGGUAUAUUUGAGGAGAACCUGUCUGGCGUUGCACCUUUGUUCAUAAAACACUUGGACACUUUCUCUGCACCAAGGAAAGAACUUGUGCAGUGGAUGGUUAAGGUGGAACUUCAGCAGAGGAAAGGAAACCAGCAUGCAAAAGAAGAAGCCACCAUUCCACUAUUGGCAGCCUACUUCAAGGAUGAUCCAGAUGAUCUGUUUCGUGUUCUUGAAGAAGGUACAAGCAUCACGGAAGUGAUGGACGAGUUUCCAUCUACACCAGUUGUGGUUUCAUUAGGAGGCAUCUUUGAGAAGAAAUGUUUUGUUGUUCGCGAGCAGCAGCUGUUGUUUACGGAGAGCACUGGCUUCAUAGAGGCAGCGUGUCUUGCCUUCUUAUGCUACUAUGUGUUUAACAUGACCUAUGCAAAGGGAGCAGCUACAACACUUGAGUUCAUUCAGAGGCAAAUAUGUGAUAUUAAUCCCUGCAAAGGCAGCAAAUCCCAGGGCAAUGCCCGCCGUUUGGCUAUUCCUACAAAGGUAGUGAAGCUGGCACAGCGUCUUCGAAAGGAAUAACCUGAAUGGAACACCAGAUAGUGGCUGGUGUGUGCAAAAAAGAUUGAUAGUGUGUUAUGCUGUACCUGUGAUUAUUUAUUAAUCUGUUUAUGUGGGAGCUCCAGGCUGGUUGGUUAUGGCAGGGAAGUCCAUUAGGAUGGAUGUGAAUGGAGAUAAUUAUGUAGUGCUUUUCAGGUGCUAGUGGUGGCAGGCAUAAGGAUGCCUUGUAUAGACUUACUGGUUAUUGUAUUCACUAGGCAAUGGGAAUGUAGAUUAGCAGUAAGGCUAGAGUUGGUCAAGAAAUCCGACCCAAGAUGGUUAGGCAUAGAAGGCCCGUUUGAAAAUUAUCCAACCUUAUUAUUUAUUUUAGAGAAGACCAUAUGGCACAGGUUUGCCACAUCGUGUGAUGUGUCUUUCAGUUGUGUUGGCUGUUGUACAGGAGCAGUUGUGUUGAGCAUUGUCUUGUCCCAGUGUGAUAUUGAGUGAAAUAAAAUGGCUGAGUGAAUUCAACAAAGGUACUAUGUGCAAUUUAUGUGCAAAGCUUGGUGACAGCCAAGCAGAAAGAACUUGGAAGAUCUGAACAGCUUUUUAGAUGACAGUAUCGUCACGAAACAGAUUAAAAUGGGCUAAAACUGCCUAAUUAAUUGAUAUAUGUGGUUUUACGUGCCAGAACCACAAUCUGAUUAUGAGGCACGCCGUAGUGGGGGACUCUGAAAAUUUGGACCACCUGGGCUUCUUUAACAUGCAGCUAAAUCUAAGUACAUGGGUGUUUUCGCAUUUCGCCCCCAUUGGAAUGCAGCCACCAUGGCCGGGAUUUGAUCCCGCGACCUUGUGCUUAGCAGCCCAACACCAUUGCUACUAAGCAACCAUGGCGGGUUAAAACUGCUUCAAGAAAGCCCAAACAUCUCGGUUGUUUUCGGAAUGUUCGUGCUACAUUAUGCUAUACCACUAGCCUAAGGCAAUAGUCCCUUGAACAUGCAUUGCAUUCUUACAUUGUUCACCCUGCAUAGCCCACCAUUCCUGCACGCAACUUGCA